UACACUUUAUUUAUGUAUGGAGUGGGGUGGACUUUAAUCUCUUUGUUUUGUUUUGUAUUUGUGUGUUGAAGUAUUCCGAAACAUGUGAACAUCAUCGUAUUGUUGAUCGUUUUCACGAGAUAAGACGCGGUUAAAUUUUUAAAUUAUCAACCAGUUAUGAUUAUCGCUAUUCAAACUUUAAUAUUUUUCCGCCAGUCUCUUUUAACCGCGUUAGAUAGGCUUUUGAGGCCGUACUUUCAAAAGUUCGCACUGUCCCUCACUAAAAGUUCCUUUGAAUCUGAUGACGAUGAACCCGAUGAAAAUGUUUUCGCCGAAUAUGACGAUGAAAAAGGCGUUAUUUUCUUCCCACCAAUGUAUGUACAGCGAUAUGCUGCUAUUGUCGACUGUCUACUGGACGAACGGUGGAGCGGAAAAUUGGAUAAGGUGGUAGACCUUGGUUACCAUGAUAUGAGUUUCAUUAAGUACCUGAAGGAAGUUUCCGGAAUCAAGUCAAUUUUGGGAGUUGAUCUUGAGACUAUACCAUUGCAGUGCUCAUCAGACUUGUUGAGUUGUAAUGAGUAUGCACCUAAAAGAGAAACACCAUUACAAAUUUCACUGCUCCAAGGCAAUGCAGCAGACCCAGAUUACAGACUUAUUGGUUGUGAUGCAGUCAUAGCCAUAGAAAUGAUAGAACAUAUGCUACCUCAUGACCUGGAACGACUUGUACACACUGUGUUUGCAUUUAUCAAACCAUGGAUUGUCAUUUUUACCACACCAAAUGGUGAUUUCAAUGUACUGUUCAAAUCAUUAGAAAAAAAUGGCUUGAGAAGGCUCGAUCAUUUUUUUGAAUGGAGCAGAGAUCAAUUUCAUGAUUGGUGCAGUAAUAUAGUUACAAGAUACCCUGAAUAUACAGUUUCAUGCAGAGGUAUAGGACCUGGGCCCGAAGGCACAGAGCAUCUAGGCUGCUGCAGUCAAAUGGCUCUGUUUGUUUCUAAGAACUAUCAUAAACAAAAAGAUUUGAAUCUCAAUAGUUUAGCAUUAGUCGCUAAUGAUUCUGUUCCUAAUGAUCUAAGUGACGUGAUUGAUAAUUGGGAGAGCCCAGAAUUGAUGACGGAGAUGAUGAUUUAUCCAGUUAAUAAUAUCGAAUCGUACACAGAUAUCACGAUUUCCGAGAAACAAUCGCAGGUCACGUUUUACGUUCCAUCAAAACGAAAUUCAUCACAUAAAAUAGAGUUUCAAGACAAAUCAACACAAUGUAACCUAGAUUUUGAACUAGCGAGGAAUUUUUUAAUGUUCGACAAUGAAGAUAUGUGUUUUAAUAUUUUAUAUCCAAGGAAGAAAGUCGUUAACAAAGUAUAUGAGAUUGAAGAUGUUUACAGCAGAUUGAACUGUACGACGCUGCAAGUUAAGAAAUUCUCUAAAACAACACAAGGUUUGAUGGCGAAGAAUAAAGUGGAUGCUUUAGUUCACACAAGGGAAGUAGUGGAGGAAAUUAAACAUCUCACGAAAAUGUUAAAUUUUAAUAAAAGCGGCUUGAAUCAACAAGAUGAGAAAACGCACAUUUGGUAUAAUUUCAACUGGGGAGAGAACGCGCCGUAUUGGAAUCAGUAUUAUAAAAUUGUUCGAGAAUAUAAUUAUCCAUUUGAGACUAAAUCAGACGACUGCCGCAUUCUGGACUUGAUAUCGGAUGAGAUGAAUAGACUGAUAGAUUUACAAUAUGAUGAUAUAUUAUCUGUUGAUUUAAACAAAUUGGAGAUUCCACUGCAGCAUCUGAUGCAGACAGUUCAACAUAUAACCGAUGAUGUGGAGAAAGUGAGAGAACUUUUAGAAUGGAACGGAUAUGAAGUCGUUGAUGACAUGGUGAUAUAUUCAAGAUUGGCUAUCGACAAUGUUACUAUCGAUUCACAAAUUGACGACUGGCAAGAAAACGAAUCAGUAUCGGAUUGGGACACAGCGGAUUUUCGGUCCACGUCUAUUUCCGAUGGAAGUGCAAACCAAGACUACCAUGGUUUGAUUUAUUUUCGGCGAUGCUUGCUCCGGGCUAUUGACCACAAACUACGUAAAUUGCGUUCGAUGCUGACCGCGGGCGAGGAUAUAUCUACUGAAUUGGACCGAGCGGUCUGCAGGCUGAUGAAGCUAGCACUCCAGUCCAGCAAGUACCGUUGUACCCCGCCACCGGCGAAAUGGAUGCAGUGCAAACUGUUGGACUUGUUGACCCUCACCGAGAAGGCUAUAGAGAAACGAAAGAGGCAUUACAUCGAGAACUUUCCGUUGAAAGCGAUCGAGUGCGAUCCCGCCGUUUUUCCGGGGCUAACUCUUGAAAAUACUAAAAAAAUAGGGCAAAACGAAAUCCUUGAGAAAUAUAGCUACUUGACUUUCUCUACGGAAAAAUUAAAUGCAAAUGAAUUCACACCCCGACCCAAAUAUUCACCAAUCGACAUAGAUCUAGAAGAUGACCUAAGUAUUUCUAGUACAGAUCUAUUGAAAGUAGAAUACGAAUAUAUUGAAAGAUUCUCACCAACUCGUGAAACCGAUGAAAAUAAGUUAAAUCUGAAGAAGUUUGAUGAUGAUCUCAAAGAUUGGGACGAUAACGAUAUGGAGGCAAAUCUUUGUUCGGAUCAUGAUUAUAAUAAAUACGAUAAUAGCUCUGGCGAUACGGAUCACAGUGCGAAUAAUAAGAGACUUAAAUUCAAAAGGUCAAACAGUUAUAAAAAGCGAGGCAAUAGAAACAAAAUUGCUAAUAAAGUUGACUGCCUACGCAAAACCAGUAAGAAAUGUUUCGAGGAAACACCACGGAGACAAGAUGAAAGGAAGACAUCAAGUACUAAAAUUAUAAAGAAAGUCAUAAGGAAAAAGUCCAGUUAUAGUUGUUUGGUUAAAACCUGCAGUUACAAGGACAUAUCAAUGGAAUAUGGUAUUUAUACGAUGAAGAUUAAACGGAGCUUGGAACAUAAACGUUCGACUGCAACUAAACCGAUACCCGAGAGUCUUAUUGAAUUAUGCCAUCCGGAAAUGACGUUGCAGAAAGACUACGAUAAAUUUCACUAUACCCAGCAACAAGAAGCUCAAGCUCAAACUCAAGAUAUUGGAGUGGAUCAAGAUUAUCAAAAUAUAUCGGCAGCAGAAGAAAGCUUUUUUAUUGAUAUUAUUUCAACGGACAAUACAGAAACCUUAGCUCUGAGACGUACUAUAGGCACAGAUCCGGAUUUUCGUGAGGAUAAUAAUAGUGUUGUGCAGAGUGAGAAAUUGAUUAGAAGUGUUAGUAACGAUGCUAUGAAUGUAUUUGAUAUUUGUCAGGCAGUUGAAGUUGCUACAGUUCCAUCACAGGCUGUAUUCAUCAGUGAUGUUGAUGAACCCAGUACAUCGAAAGGCAUACGACAUAUAAGUUUAGAUGUACAAUGUGGACCCGAUGAGAUUUCUAAAUACUGUAUGCUUUCUCCUGCAACCUCAAUGGAUAGGUUCCCAAUGUCUACAGGAAUAAAAAUUGGAGAUUCUCUCACUAAUUUAGUUACAAAAAGCACUGACUGCAGCACCUCUAUGCUAGAUAGUGAGCAGUGUAAUAUAGUGACACCUAAAGUUAAAAACUUUGGGAUACGGAUUCAAGAUUCAGAUCCUUGCUUUAAAUGUAAAAUGGACAGCUCGACGAUAACUCAAGAUGAAUCAUACAUAAAUACAGAAAUUAAUGAUACUGCCGAAUUAGCAAUUAUUGGUAACACUAAAACUGACGAUUCUGAAUUUCCUUCCAUCGAAGGUUUGUCGAAAAUCUCAGAACUCGCCAUACAAUCUCUACAUGGAAUUGAUGCAGUUACAACGCUUGUACCCAAAGUGGCUAUGGCUACAGGAAAUAUAUCACCUACAAAAUGCUUAACUCCAAGAUUGAGCUAUGGAGCUGUUCACGUACAUAGCUACCGGGAGAAGCAGGGAGUGCAUGAUGUUGUUUAUCAAGGAGAAUGGCAAAGAUAUAGACCUAAUACCAGAGGUGAACCUUUGAAAAGUCCGAUUAGUAAAGAAACAAAACUGACAGUCGACCGUAAGAAAAGAUCUCCAAAGGAGAAAAUUAUUGGAAAAGAUGCCAGAAAAGAAGUUGAAAAGCAGAAUUAUAAAAGACCUGUUCAAAUGCGGAAAGCCUUGGAAUCUAAAACGAAGUCAUUGGUUCGAGAAGAGAAUACGAUAGUUUCCAGCAAAGUACCGAAGAUACGCGCAUAUAAAGGAAGUAAAAAGAUAACAAAAGUUGCAUCGAAAGUGACUGUGAGUUCGAUUUCAUCAAAAAAUUCAAAAGGAACAUAUGUUGUUAAAAAAACUGAUGUCACAAAUAUAAAGCCUGAUGGACAAUAUGGAAAAGCAUCUACUAUUUUACGAAGGAAUUACAUACCGUUGUACUUGAGACAGCGAAUGAAAAUGGAGAAGAGUCUCUCGAAUGUAAAUAACAAAUCUAUUAACAAUCCAAUAGAGACGACAGGCAUAUUUCAAAUUCACAAACAAAAUCUAAAAUCGUUAGCAAACGAAAAUAAUCAUUUUAAUUUUAAUAAAGAGCGUCGUGAAAGAUACAAUUUCCUGGUUUAUCGUAAUGAGAAUGAAAAAAAAGAUAAGUUUCUGCUAUCAAAAGUUGCAACCAAGGCAAGUUGGCAGAGUAAGGAGAGGGCGAAUAGAUCUUUUAGUCCUCAAUCACAAAAUAGCUCGACAUGUUCCUCGCCUAACAGCAUAGCUACUAUACGCGUAGCAUUCAAUAAAAAGAGCUGUCAACGAGUUCGACAGAGCGCUUCACCACCUUUAACGUCUAAAAGCUUAGACCCUAGAAAAUCCCAAUCACCUGCAUCAACGAAAACCUCAAUCAUGAGAACAACUGGAAGGAAAACAAAGCUAUCUGAAAACAAAGAAAACAUCCCUCAUCAAAAUGAAAAUAUCAAUAAAAACAAAGACAAAAGAGUGUUCGUGAGAGAUUCAAAAAAUGUAUACAUUUCUCAAUUGAAAGUGGAAAAUACAUCCAAACAAGUGGAUCGAAAGAGUAGUUUGAAACAAAAAAAAUCACUCAAAUUAAAUACCACUAGUUUAGAUAAUGCAACAGAAAAACAAACAUCUGAUUUAAAUGUAGAGUCUGAGACAAAAGCGCACAAUUCAAAAAACUUAGUCGAUAAUGAAAACGUUUGUGAGAUUAUUUCUAAUUUAACAUCCAUUGUAGAGCCAUCAAUUAAAGUUCAUAUAUCUGAGCCGACAACACCAGAGAAAAGAAUCAAUAGGCAAGGCCUCGUAACUGACUGGAUUGAUAGUUCGAAUAUAGUUCUUACGGCUACUGCCGAUAACGUUGCAAUUGGAAUAAGGCAGUUAAUAGAAAGGACGCUUGAUUUUAUCGAUGAUUCUGUUGAUGGCGACAUUGGGAUUGAUUCUGAAACGGUGGUACUAAAUCAAGAGAAUCACAAUUUAAGCGGUGACGAAAUUCUAUCGCAGACAAGUUUCACAUCAGCCAUAGACGAUGAGAGAUUUUAUUCUGGUUUAGAGAACGAACCCAAUAAUGCACCGACGUGUUCAUUUAGUUCAGCUUUAGACGAUGAGUUUUUGAGUUUAGGUAGCAUGGGACUCGAAAUUAAUGAAUUUGAUUUGUUAUCAUUCAAAUCUAUGCCGUCUCAUUCUGAUUACGUCACAGUUAGUGAUGUGGCUUCGAGAAUUGAUUCUAUGCGGGAAUUAUUUGAACGUAAAGAUACACAAGUACCUCAAAAAGCGGCAGGUACGUUAGCUAUUCAAGCGUUCAGUGGAUUUUCUUUGAACUCUGAGCCGUUUGUGGGCGACCAACCGGAUCGUGUAAAUUUGAUUGAUUCAGAAACCGGUAGCUUGGCUGUGGAGAUAACCAGACAAGCUACUUCCGAAGAAAUGUUCGUGUCCGGAAGAUCCUCGGAAAGCUAUGAAUCGUGUGUGUUAGACGAAGAUGCGGUCGUACCAGAUUGGCUGUUCAGAAUUAUAAGCCAGCAACAAGAGAUGUCCGAGGAACCUGAAACCGGUGGUUUAAUUAUUCCGCUGCCAUACGAUGAGCCAAUGGCUCUCGCUGAACCGAUGUACGAUGUGAACAGUAACGUGGUGGAGCCUGUCGGAGCCGGUUCUGGCGCGGGCGACGGUCGCGGUAUACACAGUGACUAUUCACAGGACAGUUCUGGUAGAGGGACUUCUUUAAGCUCCAGCGACACUUCGUCUGGAGCGCGUAGUGAGACGAUCACAAUCGACCCAUCAUCGUUUGCAGUCCAACUGGAAGUUGUUGGUGAAGGUAUUGAUGUAUCAUCAGAUUUGAACCAAAUUAGAUCCGAACAAUCUCUCAACAUCGAAGGAGCAACUAACUCGCGACGAGUACGCGAAAGGCGUACUAUUGAUCAACCAGUUACAUCGAGCGACGUUGAGGCCGAUGUUAGUUCAACUGACACUGACGUUCCGGAUUCCGAUAAUUAAUUAUGUUUCCGUUUUAAAUAUUUAUAUUUUGGGCCUAAUAAAUUAUGAGUUAAUUUUGU